UCUGAUGUUCUAAUUAUGUGUUAUAAUUCUGAUGACAUGGGGAUUGUUGCCUUCAAUGGAUGAGCUCCUGCCUAGAAUUGAACAGAGAUUUUGUGUCAGGCAUCUUUCUAACAACUUUAGGAAGAGGUUCCUUGGUAAGAUGUUGAAGGAAAUCAUUUGGAAGGCUGCAAAUUCAACAUACUCACAAGUCUGGGAAAGAGAAUGAAAGGAAUGAAUGAUGUCAAUGUAGAUGCAUACAAACACAUGAUGAGCGUCCCACCAAUAUUUUGGAGUAGAUCAUACUUAAAGACACACAACAAGUUUGAUGUUGUUCUCAAUAACAUGUUUGAAGCUUUCAAUAGUGUCAUUCUGAAGUCUAUGGCCAAGCCAUUGAUAACCAUAAUGGAAGAUAUAAGUAACAACAUGAUGGAAAAUGGUCCACUAGUAGGACGAGGUUUCAAAACAUGGCAGAUGUUGAAGUGUUACCAAAAAAUUAGAAGGAAAAUUGAAAAAAAUAGCACAUACAAAAACUGGUGGCUUGUCAGGAGAUGGGAACUAACAGGCCUACCUUGUGUUCAUGCACUUUCAUCUAUGAAUAGUAGAAACUACAAUGUGGAUGACUACAUCCCUGAGUAAUACAGGAAAUCAAGAUAUAUGGAAGAAUACAAACAAGUCAUUUUUCCUGUUAAUGGCUCAAAUUUGUGGGUUAGAACAGAGUAUCCUGAUGUGCAACCACCUAAGUAUAGGAAAAUGCCUGGAAGACCUAAAAAGAGGAGGAAUCUAGAGCAAGGUGAGAUUGAUGGAUCAGAUCGUAAAAUGAGAAGAACUGGCUUCAUUGUUAAGUGUAAUAGAUGUAACAAACCAGAUCACAACAAACUCGCUUGUAAGGUGACACCAGCUAGUCAACAAGCACCUACUCAAGCCUCCCGAUAAGCACCUACUAAUGUAUCCCAACAAGAAUCACAACAAACAUCCCAACAGGCAUCCCAACAAGCAUCACAACAAGCAACCUAGUGAUUUACUCAAGCAGUUACUUAAGCAUCCCUCCAGUCAACUCAUGGAAGGGAAAACAAGAAACCAUUUAAGAUGGCAUCUCAAACAACUAAUGAAACAUCCCAUCACUCAACUCAUGGAAGGGAAAAAGAAGCUACCAGUCAGAAGGACAACAACACCAUUUGUACCACUUUGACCUACAACUAGAUUGAGUGCAGCUAAGAUUGCAUUGGCCCGACAACAAGGAGGACAACACCAACUAAGAGAUCCACACCAAACUGUAAAAUUUAGUUUAACAUAGAGUUGUUGUUUGUCAUGUGUUUUGUAAAUGUAAUGUGUUUGUCUGUUGAACUCAGUUUAGAAUUGUUAGUUUAAGUUUGAACAUGUGUUUUGGAAAUGUAAUGUGUUUUGAAUCUAUGUAAUGUGUUUUGUACCACAGUAGUAAUGCUGAAUAUUAGUGGUUUAUACCA